AUGGAAACUCAACAAGCAAAACAAACAUUAGCAGAUAUAGAAGCUAGGCAUAAUGAUAUUAUUAAAUUAGAAAAUAGUAUACGUGAAUUACAUGAUAUGUUUAUGGAUAUGGCAAUGUUAGUAGAAAGUCAGGGAGAAAUGAUAGAUCGUAUAGAAUACAAUGUAGAAGCUGCCGUAGAUUAUAUAGAAACUGCCAAAAUGGACACUAAAAAAGCUGUAAAAUAUCAGAGUAAAGCCAGACGGAAAAAAAUUCUGAUUAUUAUUUGUGUUAUUGUGUUACUAGCAAUCUUAGGUUUAAUUAUUGGCUUAUCCGUUUAG